GUUGAAAUGGUUGAACGAGAAAUGACCAUGUGCUUUGGCCAUCCCUGGACCGACCGCAUGAAUUUAUCUGGUUUUCAGACUUAUUUAUUUACCACAAACAAUCGUGAUCUAUUUAGAGCCAUUAAUUUUUGGACUGUGUUCGCAUUUUUGUUUGACGAUUAUCUGGAUCAAAUACGCGAUCAAUCAGUACUCAAUGAGUGGUACAAUAAAUAUAAGACGGGUCAUAGCGAUGAUGAUAAUUCGAUGGAUCGGAUACUAGUAAAGGCUCGAUCAUAUAUAGAUAGGUAUCUGAGCCAGAAUCAAUUGAAAAGGCACAUGGAUUAUUUUCUCGGUUUUAUACAAACAUAUAACAUUCUAACUCCAUAUAAACACAACACCUCAUCAAGAUUGAUGACUUAUGACGAAUUUUUUGCAAUCAGAGAAAAGGAUUGUGGUGGUGUGGCCGUAUUUAUAUGGGCUGAGCUUAGCGCCAGAUUUGACCCGGAUCACUACAAUUUACGCGAUAAUGACCUUUUCCAAGCGUUCACCUCUACAUGUAUUAAACACUGUGUGUUAGUCAACGAGAUCUACUCGUUUCGGAAAGAGGUGCGCGCGGGCGACACCCGUCACAACUACGUGUACCUGAUUAUGGCCCGGGAGGGGGUGUCGGCCCAGUUGGCAGUGGACCGGAUUGUAUGUGAAAUACACGGCUUGUGGGUGCUCGCCAUGGAUUAUGGCAAACAGUUGAACGAGUUUAAUAACCCAGCGCUCGAUCGGUAUGUGUGCGAGAGUUUGCACGUUACCAAAGGUAACUACUACUGGUCCAGUAUAUGCGCCCGAUAUAAAGUAUAAUGAAAAU